AUGGGGGAGCUAGCAACGAUGAUCUUGAGACUAGCUUUCACGCACAAGUACGAACGCAUUCACUUUGGAAAGUAUCUUUCACGAGGAAAGCUGCUGUGUCAGCACAUUACACUAAUUAACCCAUUAACGCCCCAAUUCCAGUCACAACAAAAAAGAAUUGUGAAAGCUGUCACUGUACUGAGUUGCAUCCUCUCAGACUUUACACCUGCACAGGCUGCCUGCGUCAUGAAACUGAAGAGAUUCCUGCUCAGAUACUACCCUCCAGGCAUCAUUCUUGAGUACGAGCAGACUGGAGUCACCAAAUCAAAAAGUGUUGACCUCCUCGACCUCAAACCUGACUCUAACGUGGACGCACUGGUGAAGGAAAUCACUCGCGACCCGCUGGUCAGAGACAGAGGGGAUCAAAUCAAGACACUCAUUGCCAAGCUACAGACGAAACUUACCCAGUCGAGUGAGAAGAAUUUCUACUUGUUUAAAGUACUCCGAGCUCACAUUCUCCCCCUCACAAACGUGGCGUUCAACAAGUCAGGCUCCACCUUCAUCACGGGUAGCUAUGACCGGACAUGCAAGGUGUGGGAUACUGCCUCAGGGAAGGAGCUGCUCUCACUCGAGGGACACAGGAACGUCGUCUACGCCAUCGCAUUUAAUAACCCUUACGGGGAUAAGAUUGCAACUGGCUCUUUUGACAAAACUUGCCGACUAUGGUGCAGUCAAACUGGCAAGUGUUUCCACACCUUCCGAGGACACACUGCAGAGAUUGUGUGUGUAGCGUUUAACCCUCAGAGCACUGUGAUUGCCACCGGAAGCAUGGACACGACAGUCAAACUGUGGAGCAUCCAGACUGGGGCCGAGGAGCACACUCUGGCUGGUCACUCUGCAGAGGUGAUAUGUGCCAGUUUCAGUACAACUGGUAACCACAUUCUCACUGGAUCAUUCGACAACACUGUAGCCGUCUGGGACACUGAAAAUGGAAAACGGCUCUACACAUUGAUUGGUCACCGUAAUGAGAUCUCGAAUGCAGUAUUCAACUACAACAGUACUCUGAUAGCCACUGGGUCAAUGGACCAGACCUGUAGACUGUGGGAGGCGGGGACAGGCCGUCCUGUGGACACACUCAGCGGGCACACAGACGAGAUCCUGGACAUUGUGUUUGACAUGAGUGGGAAAUAUUUGGCAACUGCCUCUGCUGACAACACUGCUCGAGUGUAUGACACUGCCAGUCUAAGGUGUGUAGCCAAGAUGGUGGGACAUAAGGGGGAGAUCUCCAAGGUGACGUUUAAUCCUCAGGGUACCCGGCUACUCACUGCCAGUAGCGACCGGACGGCCAGAGUAUGGGACGUGGCCAGUGGGGAGUGUGUACAGGUGCUGGAGGGCCACACUGACGAGAUAUUCAGUUGUUCAUUCAACUAUGAGGGAGACAUUAUCAUCACAGGUAGCAAAGACAACACGUGCCGAGUGUGGAGAUGAUAUCAUCAUUAUGUCAUAGCAAGGCAGGCGACAACCCAAUCACUUGCAACCUGAAGUGAACUAAAUCCUUUUUGUUUUUUGUAAAUACUUGUACCAGGUUGUAUGAUAAUUAUUGUUAAUGUAUGCAAAUCGGCCAUUUGCAAUUAA